CGGGCGGAGCGAUGGCGGGGCAAAUCGCGGGGCCGAUGGCGGGGCCGGGAGGAGCGAUGGCGGGGCCGGUGAGCCUGCGGGAGCUGCUGCUGGCCGGCAGCGAGGCGAGCGGAGCGGCGGCGGCGGCGGGGCAGGGCGCGGCGGCGGCUCCAGGAGAGGAGGAGGUGUGCGUGGUGGGCAUCUUCGGCAAAACCGCGCUGCAGCUGUGCUCGGAGAAAGCGGCCCUGGUGAGCACCGUGUGCGACCGGCAGGUGUUUCCCCUCUUCGAGAGGGAGGAGGCCGAGGAGGCGGGAGGCGGCGCGGGGAGGGAGGGCGAGGCGGCCGGCAGGGACUACAACCAUCUGCAGGCGUACUACAGCCAGGAGAGCCGCGUGCUGUAUCUGGUGCUCACCUCCAUCUGCGAUACCCCGCAGUUGCUGCGGGCGUGCGGGGACCUGGCGGCGGCCGAGAGCCGGGAGAACGGCCCCGGGGUGCCGCUGCCCCACGCCGAAGCGCACGAGUUCUGGAAGCACCAGGAGAAGCUGCACUGCCUCAGCCUCCUCUAUCUCUUCUCCGUGUGCCACAUCCUGCUGUUGGUGCACCCCACCUGCUCCUUCGACAUCACCUACGACCGCGUCUUCAGGGCGCUGGAUGGGCUGCGGCAGAAGGUGCUGCCCUCCCUGAAGGCUGCCAUCAAGGACUGCCCCGUGGGCAAGGAGUGGAAGCUGAACUGCAGGCCCUGCCCGCCGCGCCUGCUUUUCCUCUUCCAGCUCAACGGGGCCCUGAAGGUGGAUCCCCCCCCGGGCAGGGGCCAGGACCCCUGCGGCCACCUGGAAAAGCCCCCCCCCAAGAAGCACUCCCCCAAGAGGAGGCUGCAGCACGCCCUGGAGGACCAGAUCUACCGUAUCUUCCGCAAGAGCAGGGUGCUGACCAACCAGAGCAUCAACUGCCUGUUCACCGUGCCUGCUAACCAGGCCUUCGUGUACAUCGUGGCCGGAGGGGCGCAGGACGGGGAGGAUCCCGUGGCCAUGCUUCUCGAUCAGCUCAGGAGCAACUGCACCAUGAGGGAGACGGACUCCCUGCUGGCUCCCACCCUAUCGGGGCCCCGGAGGUACCAGAUGAUGCGUCAUGGCAGGCAGCAGCUCUCCUUCUAUGCAGAAAGCAGCAGCAGCAGCUCCAGUUCCUCAGGGCAGCUGGUGGACUGUACCCUGAAGGAGUUCUUGUGGCAGCACGUGGAGCUGGUGCUCAGCAAGAAGGGCUUCGAUGACAGCGUGGGGAGGAACCCACAGCCCUCUCACUUUGAGCUCCCGACCUACCAGAAGUGGGUUGCUGCAGCUCUAAAGCUGUACGAAGUGACCAUCGAAGGCAAAGAUGACGACCCGACUUCACUCACUGGUGAACUGAGCUCAAAAAUCAUGAGCAGCAUCAAAGUUCUGGAAGGCUAUUUAGAUAUAGACACCAAGUUCUCUGAAAACCGUUGCCAGAAAGCCCUUCCCAUGGCCCACAGUGCCUAUCAGUCCAACCUGCCCCACAAUUACACCAUGACAGUCCAUAAGAACCAGCUGGCCCAGGCCUUGCGAGUGUACAGCCAGCACGCCCGCGGCCCGGCCUUCCAUAAGUAUGCCAUGCAGCUGAAUGAGGACUGCUACAAGUUCUGGAGCAACGGGCACCAGCUUUGUGAGGAACGAAGUUUAACUGACCAGCACUGCGUGCACAAGUUUCAUUUGCUCCCCAAAGCAGGGGAAAAGCCAGAAGCAGACAGAAAUCCCCCAAUCCUGUACCACAACAGCCGGGCUCGUUCCACUGGUGCCUGUAACUGUGGAAGAAAACAAGCUCCUCGUGAUGACCCCUUUGACAUCAAAGCAGCUAAUUACGACUUCUACCAGCUGCUGGAAGAAAAAUGCUGUGGGAAACUGGAGCACAUCAAUUUUCCCAUAUUUCAGCCAAGCACACCUGAUCCAGCACCUGCGAGGGAUGAGGCAUCGCCUGCCCCUCCAGAGGGCGAAAUUGAGAAACUUAAAGAGAAAGAACCUCAGACUCAGGGAGAAAGCACAGGUCUGAGCUUAGCCCUCAGCCUGGGUCAGUCAACGGGCAGCUUGGGCACUUACCCACCAGAUGCCCAGGGAGGAGGGGACAAUGCAGAAGGUCAGGGGCAGAGUGGGGAAUCCAAAAGCGAGAAAAGGCCGAGCCUGGUGGAUCGCCAGGCAUCCACUGUCGAGUACCUCCCUGGGAUGCUCCAUUCCAAUUGCCCCAAAGGCCUUCUGCCAAAGUUCUCCAGUUGGUCACUGGUUAAGCUGGGGCCUGCUAAGGCUUAUAACUUCCACACAGGCCUGGACCAGCAAGGCUUCAUCCCAGGAACAAACUACUUAAUGCCUUGGGAUAUUGUCAUCAGGACAAGAGCUGAGGACGAAGGAGACUUAGAUACCAAUUCCUGGCCCGCUCCUAACAAGGCUAUUCCUGCCAAAAGAAGUGCAGUUGUGAUGGGAAGAGGAAGACGGAGAGAUGACAUAGCUCGAGCUUUUGUAGGGUUUGAAUAUGAAGAUGCACGUGGAAGGAGGUUCAUGUGUUCAGGGCCUGAUAAGGUCAUGAAAGUGAUGGGAGGGGGGCCGAAGGAGUCCGCCAUCAAAGCCCUCAAUUCUGACAUGCCGCUCUACAUCCUGUCCUCGACUCAGGGACGGGGACUCAAGCCCCAUUAUGCUCAGUUCAUGAGACUUUUUGUGGUGGUUCCCGACGCUCCGCUGCAAAUAACACUGACACCUCAGGUUCAACCCGGGCCACCACCUUGCCCUGUGUUCUACCCUGAGAAGCAGGAAAUCACGCUUCCAUCGGACGGGCUGUGGGUGCUCAGGUUUCCCUAUGCAUACGUGACGGAGCGUGGGCCGUGCUUUCCUCCAAAGGAAAGCCAACAACUGAUGAGUUACAAAGUUCUCCGAGGAAUACUGAAAGCGAUGACUCAGUAAGGAGUGCUCUGGGAAAUGGGUUUGAGUUUAAAAAGAUGGUCCCGAUCCAAAUUAUGGAUUAAGAUUCGUGGGUAUCGCUGAUUUUGUGACUCCCACUGCGUUUCCCAGGAACACAGAACUGGAAGUAAAGGCAAAGUGAAGAAGGCAAUCCAAGAAAACAGUGAUUUUUCUUCUGUUUAUUCAGGUUUUGUAUGUAAAAAAUAAAAGCUGGUUAUCACAAUA